AUGCGCUGGAGCAUCUCGCACGGCGCCACCGUUCCUUCCACUGACAUGGUAGCCAAGCUAUCCGGCUUGGGGUCCAGCGGCCGCCACACGCAAAACUGCGAACGCGACUUGCACCGGGUCAUGGCCAAGACGGAGCAGUACUUCUCGGCGCCUAUAUCUUAUGUGAGGGCGCGCUUUUAUGACUUUCGCACUGCAACUGAGAUUUGGCGCCCUACGCCCGUCAUCUUUCCAGAUGACCUGGCUUCGGCGAUCUGGAGUCGGGGGCCGGCAGCGUGGGAGAAGAUAAUGCUCGGCAACGAUCUCUCCGCUCCGGGCCAGUUCUGGCACCACGCAGCCAUGGCGGAUUGGUAUGCAACCCACCCAGCUGCUGCGGUGGAGGACAAAAGCAAACUCAUACCCUUCUCUCUGUAUGGCGACGAGGUGCAGGCGUAUAAGAACACAGAAGCCGGCGCGGUGAACGUGUUGGGCUGGUGCUCAGACUUGGCGUUCGGCAACCAAGCAAUGGAGCGGUACUGUCUUUGCUGCGUCUACGCCGAGCAAAUUGCAACUCGAAACACUUUCACGGACAUACUUGCUGCGCUGGCUCCUCGGAUGCGACGCAUGUUUGAGCGCGAUGACCACCCCUGGUCACCCAGCGGAUGGCGCUUCACCUACUCGUCAACGCAGGGGGAUCUCAAAUACGUAAUGGACAAGUUUGGGUUCGACACUUACCGCCAGAACCAGUUCUGCCUCAGAUGCCCGUGCGUGAAGAAAUGCAGUGACAUCGGCUACACGCUGGGUAACUUCAACGAGUCAGCAGCACACAUGCAGGUGCGCUUCAGCCAUCAGACCUUCCUGGACAGAACGGCGCCAGAGGACAGAGCCCGGCCAGCAUCAUGCAAGCGGGGUUUCUACGGAGCUUGGCCAGACCACGGAGAGUAUCAGCACCAGCUGGCUCCGCUUCUUCGCGCUGCGUACGCGCACUUUGCUGCAGCAUCCAAGAUGCUCAGCUUUUGGCUGGCCCACAGCGCGAAGCAGUUGGCUUCGCAGGCCACAGCGACAGAGCUGGAUAGGCAAGUGCACGUCUGCUUGUUCAGCUAUGCUCGGGCACUCCAGCUGAUGGAUAGCGCUGGCUUGGUCAUGCCUCGGGACACUGCGGUUGAGUUCCACCGCAUGGUGCUUCUGCAUCUGCGUGCAUACGCAGACAUGCACCGGCAGUCCCGGUUGGUGGCUGGAACAGCUGUCAACCGCUGCCUUUGGCUUCUCAUCCCGAAGCAUCACCAUUUCAUCCAUUGCGCCGAAGACGCUUUGGUGUGCCAGCUGAACCCAAGAGCCACCAAUCUGCUCUGCGCAGAAAGUUUCGUGGGCAUGGUUGGGCGAAUCUCCAGAGGCUGCCACAGAUCUUCUGUUGGCACCAGAACUUUGGAGAGGUACUUCGCCAUAAUGCAGUUCAAGGUCUGA